AUGCCCUCUGAAAAACCAUCGCAAGCCUUGCCUAGCGAACUUGAAGUCUCGAGUGCAGAUCGUGAAGACUGUCACAGUCAAGAUGAUUCAAAGGUUGAAACUUCUCACUCAAGCCGGACUUGCCCUCAGCAUCGUGCCACACACAUCAUCGGACGCUCCUUUGACAUCGACAACCAGCCUGGAAAAAUAAGCUGGAUCUCUUCUGGAUACUCCCUCACCGUCGGCACCUUCAUCCUCAUUGCAGGCCGCUUCGGUGAUAUCUUUGGACAUAAGCCGCUCUUCGUAGGGGGCUAUGUCUGGUUCGCCUUUUGGUCUUGUCUGGCCGGUGUUGCUGUCUAUAGCGGCCCCAGCUUCUUCAUCUUUUGCCGUGCCAUGCAGGAAAUUGGUCCAGCUUUCCUACUCCCCAACGCAAUAGCCAUUUUCAGUCGCUGCUAUGACCCGGAGUUUCGUCAAAAUAUGAUUUUCUGCCUGUUCGGAGCCACUGCUCCUGGCGGCUUUUCGCUUGGUGCCGUUUUCUCCAGCCUGCUUGCUCAUAGACUCUGGUGGCCUUGGUCGUAUUGGGUCCUUUGCUUUGCAUGCCCCAUGUUGGCUGCCUUGGGGUUCCUCGUGAUACCUGCAACUCCAGCCCCGAUAACGCCAGAGUCUGAAAGCUCCAGUGUCUGGAAGCGCAUCGAUGUCGCGGGCUCCGUCGCCGGUACGACACCAUAUACCUACUUUGUCCUGGUGGAGAAGAGAGCAAGUCAUCCGCUGAUUCCCUUUGGUGUCCUGCGCAUCGAUUCCCUCUUCACCCUGGCCUGCAUCAGCGCCGGCUGGUCCAGCUUUGGCAUUUUUGUAUUCUACGCACUGGACCUCCUCGAGUGGGCUAUUUGCUGCGCGCGCCACGGGUCUCUUUUUAAACAACUGCCGCACCUCGACAGUAAUGCUGAUCUCCAUGACCUUCUUCCUCAUUGGGGUGUCAUUUUCGCGACGAUGCCUGUUGGCCAAAUCUACUGGGCGCAGACAUUCGUGGGAAUUCUUGUCCUUCCAUGGGGCAUGGAUUCGUCGUUUCCCGCUGCCACGUUUAUCCUUAGUCGAGCUAUGCCGCGCCAACAUCAGGGUUUGGCUGCAUCGCUGGUGACUACGUUUGUAAACUAUUCUAUAUCAAUUGGGCUUGGCUUUGCCGGUACUGCCGAGGGCCAGGUCAAUGGUCAAGGGAAAAAUGUUUUACAGGGCUACCGUGGGGCGUUUUACAUGGGUGUUGGGCUCGCCGGCUUCGGUGUAGUUGUUGCUCUGAUUUUUCGUUUUGCGGAACGGUUUCAUAUAAAGAUAGAAGGGGUGCAGGAGAAGAUCGAAUCGCAGGAAACAGUCGUUUAG